AGAAGCUUAAAAAUGGGGGAUCAGUAAAAAUAGGAAAAAUAUGUCCAUCAUAUAUUAAAGUACACAAGGACAAUCAAUUAAUAGUGGAAUACAGCAGCACUCAUUUAUGGCACCAUAAUGAAAUUGGCAAAUUAAGGUUAACUACAGCUGAUAGAGCACAAUUGGCAGGUAAGUUAUCUACGAGCGUUCCAAUUGAAAAAGUAUUAAAUGAUGUUCGACAUUGUGUGGAAGGAACAGCAUUGAAGCGUUUACAAUGUUUACAUUUAAUAGAAAAACGAGAUUUACACAACAUCAAAAGGGACUACAAUAUUAACAAAUGUUUUACAAAGAGACAUGAAAAUGAUUUUAUGAGUGUUAAAUUAUGGGCCGAACAGUUAGCAAAAGGUAGUAAUAAUCCAAUUUUGUAUUUUAAACACCAAGGGCAGGAUAAUAUUGCAACACAUUUGGGAAAAGAUGAUUUUUGCAUCAUUAUUAUGACUAAUUUCCAAGCUGAAAUGCUGGUCAAAUUUGGAAAUGACAAAAUUUGUGUUGAUGGGACUCAUGGUUUGAACAGUUACAGUUUCCAGCUGUACACAUUACUUGUUGUUGACGAAUAUGGUAAUGGGAUUCCAGUGGCGUUUUGUUUGAGCAAUAAAUCUGAUACUGCUACAUAUACAUUAUUUUUCAAAACUGUAAAAACAUUAGUUGGUAUUAUUAAAUCAUAUGUAUUUAUGUCCGAUGAUGAACCAGCAUUUCACAAUUUAUGGUGCUCUGUUAUGGGUCCAGUUUCGAAACAACUUUUAUGUACAUGGCAUGUACUCAGAAGUUGGAACAAAAACCUAUCUAAAAUACAUUGUCAUGAAAAAAAAAGCUAUAGUUUUUAAAACAUUAAAAUCUUUAAUGUAUGAAACUGAUGAAAAUGCAUUUAAUACUGAAUUAUUAAAAAUAUUAAAUUACCUUCAAAAUGAUCUAGACACUGCUGAUUUUGGUAAUUAUUUUGUUACAACAUAUUGUUCAAUGGUUGAAAAAUGGGCAUUUUUUAAUCGAAAAUAUGUUGGUAUAAACACUAACAUGUAUUUAGGAGCUCUUCAUAAAAAUUUAAAAUAUUGUUAUUUAGAAGGUAAGCAAUGCAGAAGACUGGAUUCGUCAAUAAAUGCACUAUUGCUACUAGUUAGUGACAAAUUCUUUGAAAGGGUCAUCAAAAUUACGAAACAGAAAAAGUCAUCCAAAUUACUUAAAAUUAUAUCUAGUCAUAAUAAAAGUGUAAAUAUUUCAUCAAACAUGAUUACUGAAACUGAACCAAAUAGAUGGAUAAUUACUUCUGAAACUGAAUUGAAUUUUGAAUAUAUAAUUGAAAAAUGUAAUGUUAUUUGUGAUAAUUGUAUUUUACAUUGUGAUUCUUGUAAUACCUGUGUCCAUACAUUUAAAUGCUCAUGCAUAGAUAAUGUUUUAUAUUUUAAUAUCUGUAAACAUAUACAUGCCAUUGUCAAAUUUAAUAUUGCCAUGAAUACCAAACAUGAAAGUGAUGUAAUAUCCUUACCAGUUAUUGAUGAAAAUAUUAUACUUGGAAGCACUGCUGGCAUAUGUUCAUCAACAUCUUUAACUGAUGAAAUAAAUACAAAAAUGGAAAUUAUAAUUGGUAUGCACAAUCAAGCUGGGGCUUUAAAUGAAGAAAACCAAAAACAUAUUUUAAAACAUUGCAAUUAAAUUAUUGAAUUACUUACAAAUGAAUCAAAACCUAUACCAACAGAUAAAAAUACAGUAAACAUAAAAAAAAAUAUUG